AUGUCGCAGCUGGUUUUGUACGAGAAGUUCCUCAAAAGGCAAAUAGUGGAUAUAAUCUAUCUUCUCAGACAGAUUUCGGAAUUGGACCUGCACAUUCAGUGUGUCAGCAGUGAUUAUUCUGAAGGACAGAAAAGCCAUAUAGGCAAGGAAUCGUUAAGACAUGCCUGCUGCCCAGCAGCACGCUGGUUUGUUGCUAUAUGUUCUCAAACUCUUCAAUUUUCUUUAUCCUCUUACAUAGCAAAGAGUCCUGCUGAUGGUACCCCGAGAAGACCUGUCUUAUCGGUCAGUGCAAGAAAGAUAAAAGAUAAUGCGGCGGACUGGCAUAAUUUAAUCAUGAAAUGGGAGAGACUGAAUGAUAAUGGAUUUACUACAGCAAACAAAAUUGUCAACAUGAAAAUCAGUGAGCAAUUUCAAGAUAACAAAUUGGAGAUAGCCUGUGAUAACAGUGCCACAGAGUCUGAAAAGCCACCUGCAAAGUACAAUGAAGAGCUGGAUAGCUGCUGUGCAGAAUUGCUUGAGACCUUUAAGCAUAUGACAAAAAUACAACUCAAAAUGGAAAAGCUGUGUUCAACUACUAAAGGAAUCUGUGACUUGGAAGCAUUCCACCACGGAGGUGGGAAAUGUGCAGCGCCGCUGUUUCACACGUGGCCCACACCAUACUUCUAUGAGGUCUCUCUGAAGCUCUCUGAAAUGUACAAAGAGGAGCUACAACUCAAGCAAAUAAUUGUACAAGAUAUUGCUCAUUCUGCUGACCAGGACCUGUUGAUGGUCUAUUUAUCGUCAUGGUUAUACCAGCCUUACAUUGAGAACAACAGCAAACUGCUACUAGAAGCCAUGCUGCUGGAAACGGGACACAGGCCGUGCUAGAACUGCAAAUGCUGCUUGGCUUGUUUCUGAAGAAAUGGCAAGUUUGCAAGGCUCACCAAGCACACUGAAUUUUUGUAAAAAUUAUUAAAAAUAUUUUUCUCUUUUU